AUGCCUCACCCCGUCACCCCCGUCUCCCUCACCUUCCGCAAAGCCCUCCCCGCCGACGUCCCCUCCAUCCUCAAGCUCGUCCGCUCCGCCUACCGCGGCGAGUCCAGUCGCUCCGGCUGGACAACAGAGGCCGAUCUUGUCGCCGACGAGCGCAUCGACGAGGCAGGCGUCCUCCGCAAGAUCGCCGAACCCAACGGCGUCAUCCUCCUCGCCUACGACGAGGCCGGUGCGCUCGCGUCCUGCUGCGAGGUCCUCAAGCGGGACGACGGCGACCUCGCCUACUUUGGCCUCUUCGCCGUCGACCCCCUACGCCAGGCGGGCGGGAUCGGGAGGCAGGUGCUCGCGCGGGCGGAGGAGCACGCCAGGGAGGUGUUUGGAGUGAAGAGGCUCGAGAUGUGGGUUAUCUGGACCCGGGAGGAGCUAAUCGAGUGGUAUGUGCGCCGCGGGUACACCAAGACGGAGGAGACGGCGCCGUUCCCCUACAAGGAGCUCGUUAAUGGGGAGGCGCUGCGCGACGAUUUGCAUUUCCGCGUCCUGGUGAAGGAUCUGUAG